AGAUCGAGACCACAGUUCCCACUACACCCAGGGACUCCGGGGAAAGCGUAUCAAACACCACCUGUUGCCAUAGCAUCCGGGUCGGGUGAACCAAUCCGGACGCCCUCGCCGAACAGAGGCGGGCAGUUCGCAUCUCCGACCAACCUGAGGCGUUUUUGUUGUGGCGCGUGACCGGAGGAGGCGGGAGCGCAGGACCGGCGCCUUCUCCUUGCUUCUGGGGUCGUGGCCUUGCUCCCGCUGUGCGGGAAAAGAAUCCAGGCCCUUCCACGCGCGUGUGGGCGCGGGGGCCCCGAAGUGCUCGUGGUUCCCCGCUAGGUCUCCGCUGGGGCAGGAACCGGAGUCAUGGGUGGGACCACCAGCACCCGCCGGGUCACCUUCGAGGCGGACGAGAAUGAGAACAUCACCGUGGUGAAGGGCAUCCGGCUUUCGGAAAAUGUGAUUGAUCGAAUGAAGGAAUCCUCUCCAUCUGGUUCGAAGUCUCAGCGGUAUUCUGGUGCUUAUGGUGCCUCAGUUUCUGAUGAAGAAUUGAAAAGAAGAGUAGCUGAGGAGCUGGCAUUGGAGCAAGCCAAGAAAGAAUCUGAAGAUCAGAAACGACUAAAGCAAGCCAAAGAGCUGGACCGAGAGAGGGCUGCUGCCAAUGAGCAGUUAACCAGAGCCAUCCUUCGGGAGAGGAUAUCUAGCGAGGAGGAACGUGCUAAGGCAAAGCACCUGGCUAGGCAGCUGGAAGAGAAAGACCGAGUGCUAAAGAAGCAGGAUGCAUUCUACAAAGAACAGCUGGCUAGACUGGAGGAGAGGAGCUCAGAGUUCUACAGAGUCACCACUGAACAAUAUCAGAAAGCUGCUGAAGAGGUGGAAGCAAAGUUCAAGCGGUAUGAGUCUCAUCCAGUCUGUGCUGAUCUGCAGGCCAGAAUUCUUCAGUGUUACCGUGAGAACACCCACCAGACCCUCAAAUGCUCCGCUCUGGCCACCCAGUAUAUGCACUGUGUCAAUCAUGCCAAACAGAGCAUGCUUGAGAAGGGAGGAUAAAAACUUUCAGAAUGAGCAAAACACCAUCAACGUUAAUUCCAGAGAUGGAACAUUUUUUUUCCUAGUGAGAAAACAACCCAUUUGAAGAGAAGACCACUAAUGAGAAGGCCACUAAAGAGAGACACCAAGAAUGGAUUCAGCAGAAUCAUUUCACGUUUUGAACAGCAGCAAUUUGAAGGGCCAAAGCCUUGAUCAGGGAUCAGUCAUUAAAGGACACUCUUCAGUAUUAGUAAACCCUCUUAUGAUGAUUAAAAGAGAAGGGCAGCCCUCUCCACCUUUUGGUACUUUCUACUCAACUUCCACUGGCCAUAAAAUGUUUCUCUUCUGAACAAGCCCCAUCAUUUGGUGAACCUCCACCCUAACAAAGUAGGAUGGGGUUGGGGGCUAAAUUAAUUGGAGUGGGGCAAGGAAAGAGCCAGAAAACAUAGAUCUGGGGGCAGCAGUGCUAGGUGGAGAGAGCCAGAAAACAGAUCUGGAGGCACCAGUGCUGGAUGGAAUUGUCUAGGCUGGGGCAUGUUGGUUUUGUCUCUCUUUCUUUUCUCCUUUGAUUAUGUAAGAGCUAUUUCAUUUUAACUUAUUAUGGUGAUUAUACAGGCAAGAAGACAAAAAGGAGAGAAAAUGUACCUCUUCUACUGGAAUAAUGUUUAUGAUUACAAGUGAGAUAAGGUAUUUUUAUCAAUAUGAAGGCAACCUUGGCUGAUAUAACCUCUAUAGCGAAUACUCACAUCUUUACUUCACUCACUACCAAUAAUAAAUAUAUUUUCUGACAAA